ACGUGAGGAGAAGCGGGUGGCAAACCCGCCCCUGUCCGGGCUUCACCUCUGUAGGCGUUCACCCAGCUGCCUAAACCACCUCAAACCGGUCGGUUGGUUAAACUGGUCCAGUUUGGGGGCUAGGACGUGGUCUUGGAGUGACUCCUGGCCUCAUCCGUGGCCUGGGCUUAGGGGAUUUCUGCAGUGACCUUGAGCGAGUGGUUCUUGGUCCUCCUGUUGCAUCGUUGCCCCCUGCAAAGCCAGCAACGCCAACCGCUGCGGGACCGAUUAGCCCUCUGUAGCUAAUUGUUUCCAGGAGGAAGGUGGCUGAGUGGUCCCACCAGCUCUGGGUGCUGCCGUGGGGAUGCUCUGCUCCUGCUUCAGUACUGCAAAUAGUUCCCUUUAUUAAGCAACCCGCCAGCUGUCGGGGCAGGACCUCUGAGCCCAGCUGGUUCUCUCUGUGCUGGGAAACUGCAAAUGAAGCCCCGGAGCUUUCGCCCACCCAUUUCCCGACUGAAUGAGUGUGGAUCUGGGGCUGUUGGAGCAGCCGGCACCGUCUGCCUGGCCAAGGGGACGUCCUGCCCUUAGGGCUCCCCGCAGACAUCGAGAUGCCGAGCGUUUGCUUUCUCUCAGAUCAUGUUAAACCUUGUUGUGUUGCUGUAGCAGGUGGGCCAGGUUUUCAGAAAGUGUCCCAAAACUUAGAAAGGUGGAGGCUGCAGCUUUAUAAUGACCCUGCUAAAAAUAGGGAAUGGGAUUAUAAUCCUAAUCCAGGAGACCUUUCUUGGGGCUCCAGGGGAACCGUCCUUUAAUCUUCUUUUUUACUUUGUAAGGGAGCUUUACCUUCUAUUUAAAGCCUCUCUGCUAAUCAGCAUUGAUUUUGUUUAAACUCUUGUGAUGUUUGUACUUUGCUUCACUGGUUAUGUUGCUGCUUCCCACUUCAAACCCAGGGUGAGUUUAGCAGGUGGGAGCGGGCCAAGAAACAUUCCUUGCCCUAGUGACGACCUCCUGCGUCCUCCUCUGGUGACCCCUCAUCUUUUUGCAGCCCAGCAGGGUCUACGUGGCUGUUUCUCCUCAGCCCCAGGUGGGGCACGUCCCCAAAUACGAGGAUCUUUAUUAAACAGCCGUGCUGCUCUCUUGGUUAUCGAUUCCAGCCCGCUGUGGUUAUACACGGUGGUUAGGCUGGAUCCAAAACCGUUUUAGGAGUAACCCCGUGGAGGCGAGAGACCCUCUGUGCUAGAUAUUUGCAGAUCGGCUGCUCUGAAAAUGCCAAAAAUCUGAGCAAAAGGGAAAAAUAUUGAGCUUCUGCUCAAAGAAAAAGUAUGUAUGUACCUGGAAUGUUACUGCUGCCAACAACUUGAAAGUGUGAUGUGCAGAUGCCUUGCUGGGCUGGGAACCAAACGGGAGAUUUUAAAAGCCUCAUAUCCACCAGAUCUGGUUUCUCAGGCUUUUUUUUUGGUGCUUUACAUGUGGUUUUUGAGGGCUUUGGGCUGCCGGAGGGAGAGGAGCUGUGUUUGAUGGGGCCGGAGAAGCAGAGAAACCCUAAUAAUACUGCAGAGGAGCAGAAUUACUGGUGUGCAGCCCAGCUCGUCAUUGUGAGCGACUUCUCGGGGUCAGGGUGUGCAUUUAACCAAAUCUGAUGCUGGAGGAGAGGGCACCCGCUGCGCUGCUCGUAUCUCAAGGCAGAGGCCGUCUCUUCUGUUGCCUUUCAUCCUUCACCUCUCCAUCCCUGAGCAGCUGCCCCCAAAACCUCACGCUGUGCCGGGCGCCUUCUGAAAAUGCUCUGUGGGAGCUGUUUUUGCUCUGGGCUGGCAUGGAUUCCUGGUUUGCCAGCCAGGUGUUUGCCGUCUGCCACCCACGAGGGCCCAGCCCCUUCAUCUGUCAGUGGAAAUGGCUUUUUGCCCCUCUAAAUUAUGUCUUGUUUUCCUCUGCAGAUCUCUAGCAAGAGAGAGGGAUACAGGAGGGAGGCAAGAGGAAGCACCUGCAAGUCUCCUGGUUUAAUUUUAGCCCUUUUCCCAAAGUGAGACCUGUGAUCGCAGUCCGUGUGUCUUUUCUCACUUUAGUUCUGAAUAUUUUUUUGGGGGGAAAAAAGGGAGUAAGGUGAAGAAGAGCAUCUCCAUCUUCCCCUGACACCCCAGGGUGCUCCUUCAGGCAGAAGAGCAUCCCCAGCACCAGGAUGGCGCAGACCCUGUGGGGUCCCAUCAUGCGGGUGCUGGGACAUGCUGUUUGGAGACAUGGGUUUGGAUCUGCGUGGACAAGAGGGAGUUUCCCCGUCACCUUCAUGGUGGAUAAGAGGCCUAAUCACUGACCUGAGGUGAAGCAGUGGCUGGAGGCAACAGCCGUGCAGGCUUCAGUCCAAAAGAAGAGGAGUGUUGUCUGCAGAAGGUGAAAUACCAAGACUGGAUGAUUUUCUGGAAGAGUUGCUUCAACCACGCAACUCCUGGCCAUGCAGGGACCGAGACCAGUGGUUCUGAGUGGCCCAUCGGGUGCAGGGAAGAGCACUUUGUUAAAGAAAUUGCUUAAAGAUUACGAGAACAUCUUCGGCUUCAGUGUCUCCCAUACCACAAGGCAGCCCCGACCUGGAGAAGUAAAUGGCAAAGAUUACCACUUUGUGACCAGGGAGGAAAUGCAGAAAGAAAUUGAUGCCGGUGAAUUCAUCGAGCAUGCAGAGUUCUCCGGCAAUAUGUACGGGACGAGUAAAGGCGCAGUGCAGGCUGUUCAGGCCCAGAACCAGAUCUGCAUCCUCGACAUCGACAUCCAGGGCGUGAAGAACAUCAAGAGGACAGACCUGAACCCCAUCUACAUCUCCGUGCAGCCUCCCUCCAUAGACAUCUUGGAAAAAAGGCUACGGGACCGAAAGACUGAGACAGAAGAAAGUUUACUGAAGCGUUUGACUGCAGCCCGUGUAGAUUUGGAGCUGAGUAAAGAGCCUGGCCUGUUUGACUUGGUCAUUAUUAACGAUGAUUUAGAAAAAGCCUAUUCCGAACUGAAGGAGAUACUCCUGGAGGAAAUCAAGAAGACCCAAGAAUCCAGGAAGUCCUGAGCCGAGCCUGUUUGGACACUUUAACUUUGCACAUCAUUCCUGAAGCACAUCACACCAUUUUAUUCCAAGAGACAUUCCUUUUAGGUUGAUCUUCCUCCCAAGUUACUCUAGGAUGUUUCUAUUAAAAGGAAAGAAAAUGAAA